UGGAGGGGUUACCCCGAGUUCCUUCAAAUGAUAUACUCAUGCUAUAGCAUGAUAUCUGGUGAGCCUGCAUGAAAACGCGCUGCAGUUGACGGAAUAGCGCCGCUCACUUUCCAGUGUUGUAUUCAACAAUCGUUAUUAUGCCCUCUGCCGUGGACUCAGCCAGACGUAUCUAAUUGAGCGAGUUCAUUGUUGAACUGUAUCGCAGUUUACCGUGGCAAUUUUUUUUUGGAUUGAAAUGAUGGAAACUGAUAUAAUUAUUAUACAACCAUUUUAUUUUCAUGCGCUGAUGACGGCUGCACUUGUGACAGUUCCUAUAGUGGUGCAACAUUAUAGCUUGUUUCCUUGUGGAAUUCUAUGAAAGUGGAACAAUUUUUGCAGACAAGAAGAUGCAUCUUUUCGCAAUACCUACAAUUCGAUACACUCACUCUGGAAGAAAAAUGUAAUACCUUGUAUAUUUGAAGCUGAUGUUUGUUUUUAUCUUGAUAGAAAUCAUCUUGUAUUAGCAAUAGGGAAAUGGCUUAUUAUUGACACACAAGGAAGAGUAUAAGAUUACGUUUCACCAACUUGUCCUCCUCAAAACUGUUCUAUAACGAGAGAAUCAUUACUGUCAUCUACGAGGGUGCAUCCCCUAAUACUCCUUUUCCCUAGAAAUUGAGUAUAUUUCCUUGUGGAGUGCUGAAAUGAGACAUGCUUCUUUUGUAAUUUUAGAAUAUUUAAGUGAAACUGAAAUGCCAGUUUUCAAUAAAAGGCACGUGUUUUUGUGAAAUCUAUCCAUUCUUUUUGAAGAUUUACAAACGUCGCACAUACCUCGGAUCAUCAUCAUCAUCGGCGUUGUUCUCCUCUAGAGGUUAAGAUGGAGUCGCUCUACACCACUGUCUCUCACAGUAGAGUGGCAGGUGGUAGGCCACCAGGAGAACUAUUUGUAAAUCUAGGUUACAAUACAUCGACUACGGCAGGAACAGAACUAGUUCCAGGUCCUGAUUGGGACCCAACACCCUCAGGAGGAGUGAGUGGCACCGAGGCGACGACAGAUCCAGCUUUUGGUAUAGCCUUAGCAUGUUUGACGAUUCCUGUGGUUCUGGUGGGCAGUCUGGCUAAUAUCAUGGUGCUUUAUGUCGUGCUAAGGUUUAAGAAGAUGCAUAAACGUGAUCAACUACUCGUUCGCUAACCUUGCUUUAGCUGAUCUACUUGGGCUUCUUGUCGACGCCUUUCCCGCCAUCAUACUGACUCUACAAAGCCAUUCACUGAGCGAUCCAGGGUGUAGAAUGCUACUCUUUCUGCCAUGGACGAUACGACAAGCCGCGUGUCUAACACUCGCCUACUUAGCCUUUGAUCGAUAUCGACUCAUCAUUCAUCCAACAUCGUCAGUGCGAUCGCGAUCACCUCCUUAUGUGCUAUCUGUCUUGGCUGUUAUAUGGUUAGUGUCCAGCAUCGUCCAGCUUCCCACCGCCAUCUUGACUGGUCUGGAUGGAGACGGGAGAUGUCGUGAAUACCGUCCAAGUCGAGGAGGAGGAUGGUAUUACUGGGUAAAAGUUCUUACGAUCUACAUUAUCCCAUUAACUGUCAUUAUAGUCUCUUAUUUCAAGAUAUGGCGUCGUUUAAACGCGCCUGGGGCGCCGCAUUCCAGGGGUAGUAUUAAGAUGCGCACCUUUCGGAAGCGAAGCGCUCGUCGCAUUCUCGUCAUCAUCAUUUUCUUCGCAGUCACGUGGGUGCCCAUCUUCGCUGUUCACAUAUGGCCCCAUUACGAUCCGAAUAUCACUGAGGAUACGCCACACUACGGGUAUGUGCAUCGUCUGACAAACUUUGUGCUAUAUGUGAGCAUGAUGAUGAAUCCCUUCCUUUACGCAUUUGCUGGAGAAGGGUUUAAGAAGCACUUCAGGACGUUUGCAGGACGUGCAGUAACAUCAUCGGUCGUUCUUGAUCAGGAACGCACGCCUGAUGUAAAAGGAACAUUUCAGGAAUCAACACUCCGGAGAGAAAAAUAGAGUAGAUAACUAAUCCAUCGUCUUUGGAUACCGCUACGAUUAAGCAAUUAUUUGAACGUUCUACUAGAAGAGUUUAUGUUUUCUAGUUCUAAAAUAUCACCAUUGACCUUCGUUAGAAGCAAGUGAUAUUUUGAGCCACAGGUAGUUGUUUGACAUUUGAUUUUUCGGAGAACUAUAAUUAUUCGGAUUAUUCGACCAUACUAACUUUGAAAUAUCGAUAUAUGCACACUAAUGAAUACGUUUGAAAUGAAUUAGCCUUAAUUCGCAAGGUGGCAGUGAACUACAAAGAGAAGUCUAAAAACUAAAAUGCAUUGAGCUAAGAAGAAGAAACUUGAAAGGGAUAAGGGAAGAAUUAAAGGAAAAGUAGGUCAAGGGAUGUUCAGGUAUUUCACUCGAGCAAUUACAAGAGAUAUAUUCGGAUGAAACGUAUUAGCCUUAGCUUAAAAUUGUGCCUGAAGGAAAAUGCAGCAAAAAUUUUGCCAUGAAAGAGACAAACGACGAUAGAUGACAGAUAUCAUCUAAAGAGGAAGGAAUGAAAAAAUAAGAUAAAGAAAUAACUUUGAGCAAGGUAACUGGAAGCAGACGAAUUAGAGAAUAAGAUUGUGAAGUAUCCAUUCGAAGUUAGGAAGCUUGAUAAAUGAGGCUUCCAUAUAGUGCUGAUGAUGAUGAUGAGGAGGAGG